AUGUCCAUUUCAAUCCCAACACCCUUACAGACCCUCUCUUCAUCAAGAACUCUUUCGGGCGGCUCGAGCACAGCACAAGUAUUCUUUAACAAAAGAUUUCCACAUCAUUCUCUUACUAACUCCAGCAAUAUUGCCUGGAAAACGACAACGAUUCGAAUGGGGGGUGGGCCCAGGACAUACCCAGGAGGGGUUUCGAAGUGGCAAUGGAAGAGGAUGCAGGCCAAAAAAGCCAAGCAGCUUCUCAAAGCCCGGUUGGCACGAGAACGGCAAAUCUAUGAGAUGCGAAAGAGGGCCGAGCUUAAGGCUGCGGUAUCUGAACUAGAGAAGCCAUGGGAGGUUGUUGAGAAGGCUCCCACUUUGUUCUCUGUGAGUACUGACGAGCAGUUGAAAGUCUUGGCUGAUCGGUUCCAGAAGCCCGGAGGGUUGGACUUGUGGUCUGAAAGAGAUGGACCGGAAUUGUUCAGACCUGAUAAUGGGAUGUCCACGGCUAGGUUUUUCCCCAAGGGGGUUGUUCAUAGCAUCAAGCCCUAUGGGAAAAUUGAGAAACCUAGUGAUAGCUCGGGCAAUGAGAGUGAUGGGGAAAUGGGUUUGCAAAGAAAAGGUUAUAAUAAGAAUGCAAGACAAACGAGACUUGGAUUGAAUAACAAAGGAAAUUGGGAUGAUUUUACAGAAGAGAAUUUUAAGGAUGUGUCAAAUGAAGGUAAUAGUGGACCUUUUCCAAGCAGAAGGUUUGGGAAGAAGGGGAAUAGGAUUAAGUAUUCAAGUGACUCGGAGGGGUCGGAUGCAAGGGAAAAUGGAGUUCACAGCAGAGCUGGAGAGCGUAGGAGGGGCAAUGGCUAUGAGAAGAGUAAAGAUUCAAAAGUUUAUGACAUGAAUUUGCAAAAUGAUGGGAGUUAUGGGUUUUGA